AUGGCUCAUAACCCAGAGCCUCUAGCCGAGACCUCAGUCAUAAAGUUCAAGGACCAGGACUUUAAACACUCGCAAUAUCGUUGCCUAAGCAGGGGCCAGCUGUUUGAGGAUGAGACAUUUCCUGCCAUGACUUCCUCUAUAGACCUGCAGCUGCUCCAGGAGAAAGGCCUCCCCCACCAAGAAUGGAAGCGCCCAAGGUUCUGGCAGUGUGGACAGUGGGUGGAUGUGGUGGUUGAUGACUGCCUGCCCGUCCUGCACCAUCUGUACCUCUUAGUGUAUUCUCACAGAGACAACAAUGAGUUCUGGCCCUGCCUGCUGGAGAAAGCCUAUGCCAAACUACAUGGAUCCUAUUUCUACCUGCAUGGUGGCCACCUCCCUGAUGCCUUGGUGGACCUCACCAACUCUGACCUGUACUCCUCCCCUUCCAACCUGGUGGUGGUGGUGAGGACUGCGGCCUGGGCUGGUAGCCUGUUGCCUACAGGCAAGGAUGAUGUGGUGAGGAAUGGCCUGGUGAGCCACCACACCUAUACAGUAACAGGAGCUGAGCAGAUUCAAUGUAGGAGGGGCUGGGAAGAUAAAAUUAUCUGCCUGUGGAACCCUGGGGCAAAACCCAAAUGGAGAGGGUGCUGGAGUGAUGGGUGUGGCUUCUGGAAACUCCUCCAUCCUCACGGAAGAGCCCCCAUGCUUGGGCACUCCCUCCUCCACCAGGAGGAGACAGGCCCUUGUCUGAUUGUGUUACUCACUAUGGCAAUGCCCUACUGGAAUGGCAGUAAACCCACGACCAUCGGGAAAGGCCAGCUGCAUGAGAACAAGGAAGAUGGAGAGUUCUGGAUUUCAUGUCAAGAUUUCCAGAAUAACUUCUCCGCCUGUGUUUCGUGUAACCAGACUCCAAUCAGCCUGGAUCGUGGAAACACGCUCCAUGAAAGAUGGUCUGAAAUGAUGUUUAAGAACCAAGGGAUUCAAGGAAACUCUGCAGGUAGCCCUCAGAGGAACCCUCAAUUCUUCUUCUUUGUGGAAGAGCCCAUGGAAGGCCCCAAUGUCAUUGUAUCCUUCACCGUCAUGCUACAAUGUUUGCUGGCGACAGACAAGGAAAUUCCACUAAACUUCCAGGUGUUCAAGUUCCAGCAGUGCCAGGAGAGAUUGCCGCCCACAUUUUUUUCCUGGUUCAGAAUUGCUGCCCAGGGCAUUCAUUUAAAAACCAAGUACAACUUCAUACAGUGCUUCCAUCUGAGCCCUGGGACCUAUGUUUUGGUCCCCUUGACAAGCAGAGAAGCUCAGUUCUUGCUCCAAAUCUUCCUGAAAUCGCCAGACAUUGACAGGAAUCCGAACAACAAUUUCAACCUCAGAGGACUGAAGGCCAGUCUUCCAGAAAGUGGCUUCCAACAAAGCGUGUUCCAGAGAUACGCUCACCAGGGGCUAGACAUUGAUACUACCCAGCUUCAGAGCCUACUCAAUCCGGAACUCCUAAAAGGACCUCCAGGGGACUUCUUCUUGGAUAAGUGCUGGGGCAUCGUGGCUCUGAUGGAUCUGAAAGUGAAUGAACGACUUGACCAAGAGGAAUUUAAAAGACUGUGGAGGCACCUUGUCAACUGCCAGUAUGUUUUCCAGAACACUCAGAAGAGCUCUGGGAUUCUCCUGAGCUCAGAUCUGUGGAAGGUCAUAGAGAAUGCAAACUUCCUUGCAGGGAUCUCUGACAGCAGAGAGCUGCUGGAUCUCAUGACCCUCCAGUAUAGCGACAGUGCCUGCAAGGUCAGCUUCCCAAGCCUGGUCUGCUUCCUGAUACAACUUGAAACCAUGGCAAAGGCUUCCCAUAACCUCUCCAAGGAUGGGAAAGAACUCUACCUGACAGAAAUGGAGUGGAUAAACCUCGUCAUGUACAGCUGAGACAAGAAGCAGAGGAGAUCCUACAAUUCAGGUGAGAUACAGCUUUGGAAUCAUUUCCUCCUAGUAGCACAAUUAUGCUUCUCUUCCAGGAACUUCCCACAGG